UCCACCGACCUCAUGUGGGAGGGGCAGCGGAGUCAAGGGUCAGCUUCGGCUCCUAUUCCCUGAUUUCCAGUAACUUAUCUCCCAAGACCGCUGCAGGAAGAAACUUAAAGUCUCUUAGGCGAUUUUCCUGAUCAGGGGAAUUCAGCGUUAAAAAGAGAAACAGCGCAGAGGCGCAGAUCCUCACCGUUUGCAAGUUUCCGGCAGGAAGGAUGAUUCUAACUGAAGACUAAAUCCAACUCUCUGGCUCUUUGGGAAAGUCCAGGUUUUAGGAAACUCAAACUCGCCUCAAGAAAGCUCCGCAUCAGCGGUUCAGGUGACCAUAGGAGAUGACUUGGGAAACCGCGACCUCUCACGGUUUUUGGAUUAGAAGACUCGCCCUUUCCUCCACGGCGCCACCAGGCGGCGCACCAGAGCGGUGGGAGACUCUGCGCGUGCGCGGCUGGCGGACAGUUCCGCAGACAAUGCUUCCAGCUGCCUCCGUCUUUCUCAGCAGCAUGAAGACCGGCGAGGACGCCAGAGGAGCGCGCAGCGAGGGGUCGCAGAACUUAGGCCUAUGCGUCCUCUGUGGCCUGCCCGCAGCCGGAAAGUCAACCUUCGCGCGUGCCCUCCGCCACCGGCUGCAGCUGGAGCAGGGCUGGGCGGUGGGCGUCGUCGCCUAUGAUGACGUCAUGCCUAACGUGUUCCUGGAGGAGGUGACUGCACGCCCAUUGCCAUCCCAGUGGAAGUUGCUUCGCCAGGAACUGUUGAAGUACCUCGAAUGCUUCUUGUUGGCUGUCAUUACUGGGUGUCAGAUGUCUGCCCCACCCAGUAGGACUCAAGCCAUGUGGGAAGAUUUUAUAACCUGCUUGAAGGAUCAAGAUCUGAUAUCUAGUGCAGCACUCGAGGCCCAGUCUCAGUACCUCUUAACGAAGACUGCUGUUUCUAGACCUUUGCUUUUGAUUUUAGAUGACAACUUUUAUUAUCAAAGUAUGAGAUAUGAAGUCUAUCAGCUGGCUCGGAAAUAUUCGUUAGGCUUUUGCCAGCUCUUUUUCGAUUGUUCUCUCGAGACCUGCUUACAGAGGAAUGGCCGGAGACCACAGCCACUGCCUGCCGAGACCAUCCACCUGAUGGGAGGCAAGAUAGAGAAGCCCAACCCUGAGAAAAAUGCUUGGGAACACAACAGCCUCACAAUUCAGAGCCUGGCAUGUGCUUCAGAGGCCAGCCUGAAGUUGACUGAUUUAUUGCUCACUGCUUUGGAAAAUCCGAUAAAAUGCGUGGAGGAUGAUGUGGAACAAAAGGAAACAGACAGAAUCAUCUGUUCAACCAACGUUCUUCAUCAGGCUGAUCAGACACUCCGAAGAAUUGUCUCUCAGACAAUGAAGGAAGCAAAAGACAAACAAGUGCUUCCUUACAACUUGAAGCUUCUAGCAGAAGACCUUAACAAGCUCAAAGCAGAAUUUUUGGAAGACCUAAGACAAGGAAACAAAAAAUACCUGUGCUUUCAACAAACUGUUGACUUAUCAGAUGUUAUUUCUUUUUUUCAUUUUAAGAAAGAUAACAUUGUACAGAAAUAUUUUUCAAAGCAGCAUAAAAACUUCUGAAUUUCCAAUCAAAUAUCUAUUUUGGUUAAGAUUUUAUAAACUAAUGAAAACAA